AUGACGGAAGCAGAAGCGCCCACCUGGCAGGAACAGGCAUUGCACAUUUGCGCAGUUCGUGAUGCUUCCAUGGCAACGAUCAAAGCUGAACUGCCCGACAUGUCCGGUGACAAGCAUAUAGCCAGGGUUAUCGGCGUUCCACGUCUGCGGCUUACUGAAAGGGACGUCCAUAUCACUGAGAGUGCUGUGGAGGACCUUGUGAGGCAGCUCGCAGCCGGCGAAGUGACGGCCAAAGAGGCUGCUUUGGCCUUUCUCCGACGUGCUGUUAUUACAAAUUGCAUAUACGAGCUUCUGCCUGACCGUGCCCUGGGUCGGGCACAAGAGCUUGACGACUACCUGGCCAACAAUGGGCAGCCCAUAGGUCCGCUCCAUGGACUGCCCAUCAGCGUGAAAGAGCACAUUAGUGUUUCCGGAUGUGAGAACACUGCCGGAUUCGUCGGCUGGGCUGGCAGAAGAAAGGACGAAGAUGCGAGCAUCGUCAAGAUAUUGCUGGACGCCGGCGCAGUUCUAUAUGCUAGAACCACUGAGCCGCAAGGGCUGGUAAGCAAUGCACCCUUCACUAAUCUAUAUUGGGAUACGCAAAGCAACAUCACUGGUGUUACUGCGAACCCUCAUAAUCGCGCUCUCACAUGUGGGGGCUCGUCUGGUGGAGAGGCAGCGUUGCUGGCAUUCACAGCCCGCGACAUGGCCCAAAAUCAGAGACCUAACAAGAUCCUAGGUGGCAGCAUCCGUUUGCCGGCAGCUCAUUGUGGGCUUUAUGGAUUCAAGCCGUCAUCAGGUCGGCUUCCAUUGAUGGGACUCGAGGCUUACUGCAUAGGUUCCGAUACAAUCGCACCGAGCAUCGGUCCCCUAUCUCCUUCCCUUGGAGGCAUCAAACUAUUCAUGGACACUGUGUUGAUGUCAGAGCCCUGGCACAACGACCCUUCCCUUCUUCCUGUACCAUGGGCAAGUCAGGCGGCCCAAAUCCACCAACAGGAAAAAUUGCCUUUAGUUGUGGGGGUCAUGUGGACGGAUGGCAUCGUCCAGCCUGCCCCUCCCAUAAAAAGAGCGCUUUUGGAGGUUGUGGACAAGCUCAAGUCUACGCCAGAUGUCCAGAUUAUAGACUGGCAGCCCUUCAAGCAGAAUGAGGCACUGGAGAUUCUUGUAAGUCUAUCUCUACUCCAGAAGCGAUUGUACAGCCCAGAUGGGGGUAGAGCGUUCAUGGAAAACCUCGCUUUGUCCGGCGAACCCAUCUUGCCCCUCCCCGCUUGGACCGUUCGCGACCAGCCUGGAAUCGAGGCACUCGACAUCAAAGGUCUCUGGUAUUGGACUAGAAAACGCGACCAGUUUCGCUACUCCUAUCUAAAAGGUACUGCAAGACUUGCACUGGUGCCGAAUAUGGAUGUCAUUCUCUGCCCUGCGUACCCCAUGCCCGCACCAGUUCAUGGAACUUCACGGUAUUGGGGCUAUACAUCUCUCUGGAACCUCUUGGAUUACCCAGCCAUUACCUUUCCUGUCACCAGAGUUGACCGUGAGAAGGAUGGUCAGGCUCCUGGUUACAUUCCCAAAAAUGACUCCGACAGGUGGUGCUAUGAUAGCUAUGAUGUUCAGAAACAGAAGGACGCGCCGGUUUCGCUACAGUUGGUGGCGCGGAGGUCAAAAGAUGCGGAGCUUCUACAAGCAGCAGAGAAGAUCCAGCGGGAGAUUGGGUUGCCUUUCGUGGAUUGCCUGGCUUAG